AUUACUUCUGAAUAGUGAAUGGUGAUUCAUACAAAUUACAAACAACAUAAUAAGAUUGUUCUAUUACUCAUACGGAAUUUUUAAUUUAGUGCUUAGUUUUUACUUUUAAAAUGUUUUCAACAAAUCCCAAUUAUUCUAAGCUAAAAACUCAUUUGAGAUUAGCUAUUAACCGCUUAAAAUUAUUGGAAAAAAAGAAAACCGAAUUGGCCCAAAAAUCUCGUAAAGAAAUAGCUGAAUAUAUUGCUGCUGGUAAAAGUGAACGUGCUAAAAUUCGUGUCGAACACAUAAUCAGAGAAGACUAUAUGGUAGAGGCGAUGGAGAUAGUAGAAAUGUACUGUGAUUUGGUGUUGGCUCGAUUUGGAUUGGUGACACAGAUGAAAGAACUAGAUGAGGGUCUUAGUGAAGCUAUAUCAACUCUUAUUUGGGUUGCUCCAAGGAUGCACACUGAUGUACAGGAACUUAAAAUAAUAUCUGAUUUAUUUACUGCAAAAUAUGGAAAAAUGUAUGCAGAUGCAUGCCGAAGUGAGAGUGUAAAUACCAUUAGUGAUAAGUUGAAGCAUAAAAUGUCAGUACAAAGUCCGCCUAAAAUUCUUGUGGAGAAGUAUCUGAUAGAAAUAGCUAAGAAUUAUAAUGUUGAAUACACACCAGAUGAGCAAGUAAUGCGAGAGGAAGAAAGUCAUGAUGCAAUGCUCAUAGAUAUAAAUGGACCACCAAACCCACCUGGAUUUAUAGGAUAUCCACCUCCUCCAAUGCCUCAAAUGCCUAAUUUGCCACCACCAACAGUGUCACCAUUCAAUUAUCCAACUCAACCUUCUGGAGGUAAAGCUGGUGGUUUUGUUGCAAAUCCAUCCUCCAUGUUUGGGGGGCCAAGUAAGCCUAUGGUCUACAAUGUACCACCUGGUGUUGAUUCUACAACUCUGAACAACAGCUUUUUACAGCCAGCGCAUGUACCAACACCUCAGCCAAGAUCCAAAGUGCCACCUAACAACUACUUUCCAGAAUUACCAGAAUUGCCGUCGGUGCCAUCUGAUCUGAUACUACCCUCGGUACCUCACAGUAGCAACUCCAAUGCCUCCAACGGGACAGACGCGAGUGCUCCCGAUGAGAUUGACUUCGAAGAUCUCAACAGACGCUUUGAAGAAUUGAAGAAAAAGAAGUAAAUGCAUUGCUGAAGAUUAAUUUUGUAUCAUCUUUAAAAUUUGUAUAUUGUUAUUUUAUUCUAUAGUUUUAAAGAUAAAUUACUCGAACUAAUAUGUCACAUCAGCAAAAGACAAUAAUAAUGAUUCUUCAUUAAGUUUAUCAUUAAGUUUACAUAUGAAGUUACGAUUAUUUGACUGUCAUUUAAUCGAUAAAUUACACUUCAGAUUAAUUAGCUUUAACAUAUUAUUAUUUGCAAUAAUUGUUUGUAUACUUGCAAAUAAACAAAGGUCUG